AUGUCUCUCUGUCUUUGUAACCAAGGACGAAAAGAGCUGCCAACCUCUGCUGACCAAACUGAGUGUUCCGGUUCCCUCCCAUGCACUCGAUGCCAGAAUCGCGGAAUCCGGUGUCACUUCCCGGAACCGCCGUCCUCGGGAAACGGGACUGUCAUUAGACUGGACAGGGGAAAGAUCCACACGGUCAAAGACUUCAGAGCUACGAAGCCGUCUCGUCCUCACGCACCCCUCCCAGAUAAAAUGAGCUGCUAUCUCUUCCACUUCGACAUGUUUAUGCGAAGGAAUAGCUUCACGGGAAGAGAGCCUGGGUUUCUCUCCGACGUCCAGAGCUUAGUGAAAGGCUCUGCUGGUGGACGGCAGAUUGUCCCGUGCCAAUACCUGCUAAACGCAAUGUUGGCCUUGGGUGCCAUGCAGGCGGUCCCCCACAGCGCUCCGGGGUCUCAAACCAGCCUUCGGUUCGCGAUGGAAUCAUACCUGCAGUCACUUGCAGACCUCCGGUUGGCCGUCUCGGCCUUCUCAUCGACGCAAAGGGAUAGUAUACUGUGGACAACUUUCCUCCUCGGUCUCUUUGAGCUGAUGCAAGACGCUUCAGGCCAAAAGUGGCUCCAGCAUAUGGUCUUCGGCACGUCACAGGCUCUCAUCGCAAGCGGCCCGACGACAUGUGCUUCCGGAACCAUGCGAGCCUUUUUCAUCCAGGCCCGUACCUUUGAAGUCUGCCGAUCUAUCAUUUUCAACCAAACCAGCUUUCUAGCAUCACCAGAGUGGAUCGGACUCACUGACAGUUUCUCAAACGCCAGUGUUGCGACGGCAACCGCAUCUUUGAGCGAUCUUUUGAAACUGGUCGUACUAUGCUCGGCGUUGCGAGUCCGCACUGCCGAGUUCAUCGACUGUCUUCCUGACAGUUGCCCAAAUAUGGACAGUGCUGGGUUCCUUGAAGCUUUGAACCUGGCCACUGAAGGGUUCCAUUUGCGUGAGGCACUUGAAGACUGGAAGACUUCCGCCAUAUUUCCUCCAGAGAGGCGUGAGGAGAUGCUACUUUCGACUGUUUAUUACUCGGCAACCAGCAUCUAUCUUUCCGGGAACUACGACUACGACUUGCGUCACUGGCAGAUAAUGGGUGUCGGGGUACCAGUACUGGACCUGCACGAAAUCGCGGAACAUUAUGACACAAUUGUCACAACCGUAAGGGAAGCAUUGGCAACCACCAACUUGUCACCGUUGUUAUUUCUGUUUCCGUUGAGAGUCGCCGGAGCGCGGGCGAGGCAGGCAUGGCAACAGCAUGUUGUCAUGGACCUCUUGCAAGAAGUCCGCAAGCAGUUCGUCGUGGCGGACGCAAUGAUUCUGGAGCUGAAAGACGUGUGGUCAUAA